UCUCGCGGUACCAGCCGGUCAGCGUGCACUUUUGACAGAGGUCUCGCGAAAUUUGUUCUGCCGCCCCAAGACCUACCGUUUCGCUGUCCUCCACCCCACCCUAAACCUGUCCUUCCUUUCUCUUUCCAAAUCGCAAAAUUCUCCUCCAUUUCCUCCAGCUCACUAUCUUCCUCUUGGUUCCGAUUUCGGACCGGAACCGGAAGUGCGGUGGGCGGAGCCCGGCAGUGGAAAACCCUGCGGAGCCGGACCCGGGACACCGCUGUGGCUGCUGUCCUGUCCAUCGCCACGGAUCGCCGGGGGACAGGGCUGCACGACUCCAGGCUGAAGGUCGGCCCGGAGGCGGGUGAGCGCAGGUCUCACCCGAACUGUCCGGGCGGCACUGUCCCCGGGUCCCCCGGGCGCCGCGAGGGAUCAUGUCUACAGCCUCCGCCGCUUCUUCCUCCUCCUCGUCUUCGGCCAGUGAGAUGAUUGAAGCCCCUUCCCAGGUCCUUAACUUUGAAGAGAUCGAUUACAAGGAGAUCGAGGUAGAAGAGGUUGUUGGAAGAGGAGCCUUUGGAGUAGUUUGCAAAGCAAAGUGGAGAGCAAAAGAUGUUGCUAUUAAGCAAAUAGAAAGCGAAUCUGAGAGGAAAGCUUUUAUUGUAGAGCUUCGGCAGUUGUCCCGUGUGAACCAUCCUAAUAUUGUUAAGUUGUAUGGAGCCUGCCUGAAUCCAGUGUGUCUUGUGAUGGAAUAUGCUGAAGGGGGCUCUUUAUAUAAUGUGCUGCAUGGUGCCGAACCAUUGCCGUAUUACACUGCUGCCCAUGCGAUGAGCUGGUGUUUGCAGUGUUCCCAGGGAGUGGCUUAUCUACACAGCAUGCAACCCAAAGCUCUAAUUCACAGAGACCUGAAACCACCAAAUUUGCUGCUCGUUGCAGGGGGCACAGUUCUAAAAAUCUGUGAUUUUGGUACAGCCUGUGACAUUCAGACACAUAUGACUAAUAACAAGGGGAGUGCUGCUUGGAUGGCACCUGAAGUUUUUGAAGGUAGCAAUUACAGUGAAAAAUGUGAUGUCUUCAGCUGGGGUAUCAUCCUUUGGGAAGUGAUAACGCGUCGGAAACCUUUUGAUGAGAUUGGUGGCCCGGCUUUCCGAAUCAUGUGGGCUGUUCAUAACGGUACUCGACCACCACUGAUCAAAAACUUACCCAAGCCCAUUGAGAGCUUGAUGACUCGUUGUUGGUCUAAAGAUCCUUCCCAGCGCCCUUCAAUGGAGGAAAUUGUGAAAAUAAUGACUCACUUGAUGCGGUACUUUCCAGGAGCAGAUGAGCCAUUGCAGUAUCCAUGUCAGUAUUCAGAUGAAGGGCAGAGCAACUCUGCCACCAGUACAGGCUCAUUCAUGGACAUCGCCUCUACAAAUACCAGUAAUAAAAGUGACACUAACACAGAGCAAGUUUGUGCUACAAAUGAUACUAUUAAACGCUUAGAAUCCAAAUUGUUGAAAAAUCAGCCAAAGCAACAGAGUGAAUCUGGCCGAUUAAGCCUGGGAGCGUCUCGUGGCAGUAGUGUGGAGAGCUUGCCCCCCACUUCUGAGGGCAAGAGGAUGAGUGCUGACAUGUCUGAAAUAGAAGCCAGAAUCGCAGCGACCACAGCCUAUUCCAAGCCUAAACGGGGCCACCGUAAAACCGCUUCCUUUGGCAACAUUCUGGAUGUCCCUGAGAUCUUCGUAGCAGGCAAUGGGCAACCAAGACGUAGAUCCAUCCAAGACUUGAGCGUCACUGGAACAGAACCUGGGCAGGUGAGCAGUAGGUCAUCCAGUCCUAGUGUCAGAACAAUCUCUACCUCAGGGCCAGCCUCAGAAAAGCCGACUCGAAGUCAUCCAUGGACGCCUGACGAUUCCACAGAUACCAAUGGAUCAGAUAACUCCAUCCCAAUGGCUUAUCUCACACUGGAUCACCAGCUACAGCCUCUAGCGCCGUGUCCAAACUCCAAAGAGUCCAUGGCAGUGUUUGAACAGCAUUGUAAAAUGGCACAAGAAUAUAUGAAAGUUCAAACAGAAAUUGCAUUGUUAUUACAGAGAAAGCAAGAACUAGUUGCAGAAUUGGACCAGGAUGAAAAGGACCAGCAAAAUACAUCUCGUCUGGUACAGGAACAUAAAAAGCUUUUAGAUGAAAACAAAAGUCUUUCUACUUACUACCAGCAAUGCAAAAAACAACUAGAUGUCAUCAGAAGUCAACAACAAAAACGGCAAGGCACUUCAUGAUUCUCUGGGACCGCUACAUUUUAGAAAACAUGGAAAAAGACUUUUUUUUUUAAGAAAAGAAAAACCUUUAUGACAACUCAUGAGUGUUAGCUUUUGGCGUGUUCUGAAUGCCAGCUGCCUGUUGUGCUGCAUUUGUUCCGUGGUGUAUUUUCUUAUCAUGGUGAACCUGCACUUCUGCCAUCUCUUUGCCUGUGAUGAGAUCUGCAACUUAGAGGAGCAGCAUGACUCAACUUCAGACAGAUGUGGUGGCUGUGGCUGUAUGCGCGUGCAUUGUGGGAAGGCUAGCCUGACAGAACCCGGGCUCAGACUGGUGGGCUCAGACCGGCCGCCAGUGCACGCGUCCUCUUAUUUCCCAUAUUAGAGGUGGAACCUCAAGAUGCGUAUGUUCUUGUAUCAUCUCAAAAAAAAAAAAAAAAAAAAAAAACUAAUAUUUUUUUCCCAAUAGGUGAUAUAUACACCAAGUUAAAGACAGGGUAUUAUAAAUCUAGAAUAAUUGGUGGUGUCCUGCAGACACAGAAUCUUUAGGUUGGUUCAGAGUGACAGCACUUCCUGGGAUCAGUACUAAACUUAGUUCCAUCUGUAAAAUAUUUAAAGGUAAGUGGUGGCUGCUGUAUUUAACAAGAGCAAUUUAACCACUUUCUGUUAGACUAAAAAUUAUUUGUUGAACAAAUGGAGUUCUCUCUGUCACUCUCUUUUUCUUUCUCUUUUUAAUUUUGGUUAUACUG